AACUAUAUUUAACUCCUUUACUGACAAAUGGAUGGAUAAGGAGUUGUAUGAAGCAGCUGCAGGGACAGGAGAUGUGACAAUCUUCGAUAGAAAGGAUACAACUGGAACAAACGAUGUAGAUGGUACCGAAAUUAAGUAUAAUAAAGGCUACUUUGUGUCUCGAACACCAAAUGGAAGCACCAUCCUUCAUCUAGCCACCCAAAAUGGUCAUUCUGCAUUUAUCAAGGAAACUCUCAAGCAUUUUCCCACUCUUGUUCUCUCAAGAGACUUCAAUGGCGAUACCGUUAUCCAUAUUGCUGCUCGGCUCAAGAACCCUGCAGCUGUAGACAUGGUUCGUUGUUUUGAUGAGUGCUGUCGCAAACUUAAGGAAAUAAAAUUGGAGGGUGUUGUUAGUCUCCUGCCACCAUGGGUAACCAAAAAUUCCAAAGGCGAUACUGCUAUGCAUAAAGCAGUGCGUGUUAGCAAUCAUAAUGUUGCUGAAGUGUUGUCCAAAAUAUGUCCUGCCCUCUCUGAAAUGACAAAUGAUGCUGGAGAAACACCACUACAUAUAUAUGCAAGAUAUGCUACAUAUACUGUUGAAGAUAAACUAGAUAUAUUCGUCUGUAGGCUGAUGUGGCGUACUUCUCCUGCCUAUACAAAGGAUGUGGAUGGUUUCACCCCAAUUAUGAGAGCAGCUCAGUCUGGCCGAAUUCGAGUUGCUCUAUAUAUACUUCAAGCCUUCCCUCAAUCAAUGGAAAUUCGCGAUUUCAAGGGAAGAAAUUUUCUACAUUACCUCAACAUUAAGCAUCUUGAGCUUGUUGAUGGCUCUGAGGACCCAUCUUAUCUGUGUGAAAAUUUCUUUGAAACCUUUCCUGCAAUCGAUAGCCUGAGAACUGCUCAAGAUGAAGAUGGAAAUACACCCUUGCAUUUCGCUAUUAUAACUGGCAACUUGUUGGCUGCAAAACUCUUGAUGCAAAGAUGUCUUCAAUCUGAAGAAAGGGCGGAACUAACAAUCACCAACAAUGAUGGUUGCUCAAUUUUCGAAUUACUUGCAUCACAACCAAGUGACAUAGAAGAGAUGUCAAUUUUAAACCAGAAGCAUUUAAAAGAAAUAAUCCUUGCGAAAAAAUUUAUGGACAGAGAGCUAUACAUAGCUGCAAUGCAGGGGGAUGUGACGCUGUUCAACAACAUUGAGGAUAAGUCCUAUUUCCUCACUCAAACACCCGAUGGAAGCAAUAUAGUUCAUAUAGCUCUCAGACCAGGGAAAGACGAUACAUCAGCAUUUGUUGAGGAAGCUUUAACCCGCAUCCCAACUCUCAUCUAUAAAACUGACAACAAUGGGGAUACACCAUUUCAUCUAGCAGCAAAGUGGCAUAGCCCUGCUUCGGUAAAAUUAUUGGAAAACCUACCAAAGUAUCAUCAAAAUGCUAUAAAAGAGAACAGUCAGAGUGUUUAUAUUCCUCCUUGGAAGAUUAAAAAUUCCAAGGGUAAUAUGCCUAUACAUGAAGCAUUGUGUACCAACAAUAUGUAUGCUGCUAUAUUAUUGAUCUGUCAAGAUCCUGAGGGAGGUUCAUAUGUUAAUGAUGCCGGAGAGACCCCUCUUCAUACGUUUGCUAGGUGUAGCAAAUGCUCAAUUCAGGAUAUGGUGAAUUUCACGGAAAAUCUGAUCCCGGAGAGCAUUUCUACAGUAUAUAUGCGCGACAACAAGGGUCUCACACCUCUAUUAAGGGCUGCAGAGUCUGGUAGGAUCAAGGCUGCUCAGUUUAUACUGGAACACUGUCCUCAAUCAGCACAACUCUGCGAUCCAAGUGGCAGAACCUUUCUACAUCUCUUGCGCUUUCAUAAAGAGUUUCCUGAGUCUGCUUUAAGUGAUGCGGGUCUUUUCAAAUUUUUUAGUGACCAACUGUUUAAAUAUCCAGAAGUAGACGCCCAAAGAACAGUACAAGAUUGUGAUGGCAAUACGCCUUUGCACUAUGCCUUAAAGACUGGAAACUCUAUUGCAGCAGAACUGUUAAAAUUAAGAUGUUUCGAAACAGAAGAAAGGCCGGAAUUAGCACUUAUAAACAAUGAGAAUGAGGGCCUCAUAGAGCUUCUUGCAGAAUCCUAUAAAACUUCUGAUCAGCAGCCUGGCAAGCUCCCUCGCAAGGAUAGUGAAGAGUGAAGACGGCUAUCCUGUGCUCCUAACAAUCCGUGUUUCGGAAUAUUCUCAUGUCUUGAUAUCUUUAAAAUGUGCGGCUCUAGAUGCGUACUCUGUACCAGUGUAAUUUUAUUUACUUGUUAGACUUCAAUUCAUUUUCUCAACAAAGUUGUAAGAAACUAAGAAUGAUGUCCAAUGUAUUUAAGCAUUUUGUUUUAGAUCAAUGAUAUUUUUUACUUGUUAUAUUUGACCAAAUUCAAAAAUUAACAAUACAGAGUAUAAAAUGAAAUUGGGCUUUUCCUCAAAAAAAAAAUGAAUUUGGGCUUUUGGAAAUAUUGGGCCCAGUUUUUUACUCUAGAAGAUAAGCAUAAGCACGUUAAUUUUGGGCAACCCAAAACAUAUUCCCCAUUUUUAAUUGAAUUUUGCUAGUAAGUAAUUCAUCAAUUUUGCUUGUCAUCAAUUCAUCACUACUCCGUAUUAGAUUUGGGUAUUCGAACAACAUACCCAAAGUUGGUGACCUGAAUUUGACCAAAAUUGAGAAAAAUUGCUCUAUUUUUCCAAACAAAGCAAUUUAGCAAUCAACACCAAAAAGGGCCCCAGCCUGAAUUGACUCAAACCUAACGAUCAAUUUGCCUCCUUUAUAGCUCUAUCCAAAGUUGUGGACAUCCACUCGUUAAAACUUGAAAUAAUUCAUAAACUUGCAAAAAAAAAAAACACACACACAAAAUCAAUAAGAACACGGAUAUACUGUACUUUGUAGAUAAUUCUUUCAAAUUCUUUUGAUUAAGGUUACCUGGGACACUUUUAAUAAGCAAAAAUACAAUAUAGAUACAAUUUUUUUUUCUAAGACGUGAAAAAAUAAAAUUACAUACACCAAAAAAAAAAAA